AAUGUGCACAAUUGCACAAUGAGGGUCCUGUACCUGGUGCUUAUUUCUCAAGUCAGUGCACAACUUCAAUGUGACAAAUCCAUUAUCCGUGCCACAGUUGGGAGAAGAUUUAACGUCGCCUGCACAUACAACACAAACCAAUUCCGCUUCAGUAAGAAGUACUGGUGUUUGGGGGAGUCUAGAAGCUCUUGUGAGAUUGUGAUGGAUACAGACGGCUUCACCAAAGCUGAGCUCAAAAAUCGGGCUCAGAUCAUUGACGCAGUGUACAGAGGCCUGCACAUUCUGAUGACUGGACUGCAGCUGAGGGACAGUGGAGUCUACUGGGCCGGAAUUGACAAAAUAUACGCGGACAUCAUGUUUAAGAUCCAGGUUGAAGUGACAGAAGAAGCUGUUAUCAGGCCAAAGGUGUGGCCAGUGGGCUCCCCUCUGCUGACAUGUGUGGGUCAGCCACUGACGCUGCGCUGCAGGAGUGAGAGAGGCACUAAUGUGCAGUACAGCUGGUACAGAAAGGCCGAUCCUGAAGCUGUGCUCUUACAGACCACCUCCGAUCUCCCCCUGCACUGUGCUUCUCUCACUCAGGACGGUCACUUUGUCUGUUCUGCCCAUAACGCAGUGAGCAGAGAGCACAGCAAUGCUGUUUUCAUUCAUGUCCUGCAGCCUGGACACAAGGACUGCGUUUAUUUGCUCACAUCUGAAGGAUUUGAAAGUUAUGACUGUAAGACAACUACAACACCACGCAUCACAACCACCAUGACCACAGUGGAAGUCUUCAGCUCAACACUUGCCACUCAGAGCAGUGGAUAUGAAAACCACUCACUCUGUGUCAAUCAAACAUGGAUGGAAGGGAUCUUUUUCAGGUCGUGGUCAGGAGUGCCACUGUGGUAUGACAUCCUUCGCUGGACUCUCUUCACUAUUAUGAUGGUCACCACUGGUCUAGUGCACAUGUGCACACCGGCCAGAGCCAGUGGUCACAGACUUACUCACAAACACCAAAAACACAUCUGACUGUGGAAAAGACUUUUGCUUUGCUUUCGUUUUUGACUUUGUAUUUAGUUUGUUUUCUGUGCUUUAAUGUUAUUGUGUCUUUUUAAACAUGGUUUAAUCUGCAGCCAAGUGCGCUAUAUUAUAAACAGUUUCUUAAGGCCAUGUUUAAACUGAGUUCUAUGUUACAGUCAGGGCUUCACAUUAGGCUUUUUCAAGGACUUAGAAAAUCUACAUUCAUUCCACAGAAAAAGAUCAGUCACAUUUGUAAAUGACUGCUGUAUUGCACAAGUUUAUUAAAAUGUUACAACUGGCACUGAACAUGUAAAAGAUGCGAGUAAGAAAUAGAAAAAAUAAAAAUAAUUCAGUUAUCAUCCUCUUACAGCUGUUCUGAUUCAGGGGAGAAAGAGAGAGAGAGAGAUGUUCACCACUCAAUUUAAAUGAUGUCACUUUUUCUAGUUUUUACAGCCAUCUUGUCACUAAGCCUCAUUCAGUAUUAUUAUUAGUAUCCCUUUCUCUUUCUCUCUCACACACACACACACGCUUCCUCUCUCUGUCCCUCCCCUCUGACUCGUUCAGUAGUUCAGUCGAUUUUCUAAGCUAAAUCAGGUGAUUUGCACACCCGCUGUGGCAGUACGCUUUAGCUAGGAUGCAUGUUGGUUUGGGUUUUUCAGUUUGCCGCGUUUUUCCAUCUUUAUUAUGUACAUUUCAGCUGUCUGAUUUUAAUCUGUCUGUUUCAUUGGAGUAAAUGUUGUGCUUGUGAAGAGAGGACACAUGUUUUUAAGGACGUAUUGCACUGAUUGUUGGGUUUAUGUUAACAUGCUCUCAUUAAUCUGUGUGAUUGGAAAAAAAUAUGAGCUUAUAACAGUGACAUGCCCAACACUGCGGUUAGUGUACUGCCAUCAUGCUGUUGCAUAGGCCUUGUGAUAUCAUCUGCUGUGAUAUAAAAAUUCACUGACCACCCAAAAAAUGUACCCAACAAACAUUUGUACCCAGCGGCCAGUCACUUGAGGAUCUGAGCCCGCUGAUUUGUCAUCCACUU